UACCCGAGCGCUAGCGGCAAGGCAGCAAGUAAUAGGGGGUGGGAGGAGUAGGCGGAAACGAAGCAACGGAAGCGUAAGCGUUAGGAGACGGGCGCCGAGCCGAGGGAAGGGAGGCAAGCGGAGGCCCCCGCUCCGAUCACACCAAACGCUUCGUUCGUGCUGCUGUCCCCCGCCUCCUCUCGCCGUGAUCCCAGGGCGGCGGGGUCGGUCUCGCCGCGGCCGCGGAGGCGACCCUUUUAGUUUGACGCGCCACCGCCAUCCGACGCCGCGAUCCAGAUCCAGUGUGGGGGUUCGUGCCACUUGUAUCUGUAUACACGGAAUCAGUGAUCGGGCAGAGUGAUACGAGGAGGGAGGGCCUGACCGUUUGAGCUGCUUUUGUAGAGAAUGUCAGAGGGGAAUGCGGAUGGCAUCGAGAUAUUGAUCGGUAAUGAUGAGAGGAGGGACAGAGCAGAUGCCGAGAUCUCAGAGGACGAGCCGAGGCACACGAAAAUGCGGGCGCUGAGGAAGAAAGCACUGCAUGCAUCGACAAGGCUGACACACUCGCUGAAGAAGAGGGGGAAGAGGAAAGUGGACUGUAGAGUACCAAGGAUAGCGAUAGAGGAUGUCAGGGACGCUGAGGAAGAGCAGGCGGUGAGCUCGUUUCGGGAGAUUUUAUUUGCUAGGAGCUUGUUGCCAGUCAAGCAUGAUGAUUACCAUAUGAUGCUUAGAUUUUUAAAAGCGAGGAAGUUUGACUUUGAGAAGGCAGCACAGAUGUGGGCAGACAUGCUGCAGUGGAGAAAGGAGUUUGGGACAGACACAAUUUUCGAAGAUUUUGAAUUUCAUGAGCUAGAGGAGGUCCUGCAAUACUAUCCCCAUGGUUAUCAUGGGGUUGACAAGGAAGGAAGGCCUGUAUACAUUGAGUUGCUUGGGAAAGUAGAACCCAACAAGCUUGUACAAAUUACAUCAGUGGAGCGAUACAUUAAGUAUCAUGUGCAAGAGUUUGAGAGAGCUUUCCGUGAGAAAUUUCCUGCAUGCUCAAUUGCUGCCAAAAGGCACAUAGAUACCGCAACUACAAUAUUGGAUGUCCAUGGCGUGGGCUGGAAGAAUUUUAGCAAGAUUGCGAGGGAUCUGGUGCGUUGCAUGCAAAAAAUAGAUGGUGACUAUUAUCCUGAGACACUGCAUCAAAUGUUUAUCGUAAAUGCUGGACCUGGUUUCAAGCUGAUAUGGAGCACUGUGAAGGGACUUCUUGACCCCAAGACAUCAUCUAAAAUCCAUGUUCUAGGAACAAAAUAUCAGAGCAGACUUCUUGAAGCUAUUGAUGCAAGCCAAUUGCCUGAAUACUUUGGUGGAUUGUGCGCAUGCCCUAACCAUGGAGGGUGCCUGAGGUCCAACAAAGGCCCUUGGAGCGAUCCUUCAAUCAUGAAGCUUGUACAUAGCAUGGAGUCAUUGAGAGAAAUUGGGCAAGUGUCUGAUAUAGAAGAAACAGUUACAGGGUCUGUAAGAUUGCGUGCUCUCAAGUUACCAGAACGAAUUAGUGACACAUCAAAUGCUGAAUCAGGUUCAGAUGUCGACGAUCUUGGAUCCCCUGUGGCUCCUGAGCAUGUUGAAUAUCCUAGUUUGGCGCCAGUUCGUGAGGAAGCGAGGGAAUCAGGAUCUACGACUUACAGUGGUUCUGAUGGCACGUCUCAUAUGGCGGAUAAAGUAGUAAGAUCCAAUCAAAGAUACAAUGCUGCUGGAAAUGAAGCUAGACAGUUUAAUGGAGAACAACGUUCCUUAGUAAAUGGGGCUUUGCCUGCGACAGCAGGUCGGCGUGCCCUGAAUGAUGGUGUGGGCAAUGCUGAUGAUGGGGUCUUGAAACAUUUAUCAAGAACAGUCGUUGCUGUAUUUAUUAAAGUACUCUCUUUUUUGCGGUUUUUCAUUCGUCGGCGACAACACCUGGAAAAUGUCCGUCCACAUACUGCAACUGUGCCCAGUAAUCAGGCAGAUCUUCAGAUAAUUAGGGAAGAUCGUGUGAACCCUUGUCUGGAGCGUCUUGAUCGACUUGAGUCAGUGUUUAAUCAACUGAGCAGAAAGCCUCCAGAGCUUCCGCAGGACAAGGAUCGGGCCAUACAAGAUUCUUUUGACAGGAUAAAGUCCAUUGAGUAUGAUCUGGAGAAGACAAAGAAGGUAUUGCAUGCAACAGUUAUCAAACAAAUGCAGAUGGCUGAGACUUUGGAAGCUGUGAAGGAGUCUGAUCUUAGGAGGAGGAAAUUUUGUACAUAAUACACCUAAUUGCAAUGUACAGAAACAAGAAAACAAGUUGGCGACUUACUAAUAUCUGAUACCCGACAGAAUCAAACAACAUUGCUUUGUACAUGGCUGCCCUGGUCUACAGAGAUGAGCAAAUAGCGAUGGCAUCGUAGCCUCAAUAACAACAGAUAGUUGUCGACCUGUACACUGAGGAAUAUAGUCAAAAACAGCAUCCUGGAAAGUGCCCAGACACCGUCCAGUUUCACUCAUAAUUCAAUCCAUUUUUUGGUUUAUUACUCCAUACAUCUAUCACACUUUCA